AUGAGUUCGUCAAGCGAAGAAGAUUCACCUUCAAAACCUUCUGGAUCAUCAGGAUCAAAUAAAACUAAACGCUGGUUAGCAAAACAAAAUCCUCCUUCAUCUAAAUCAUAUGCAUAUUGCUGUCCAUACACUUUACCUUUACGUAAGACUGGACAUUUAAAGUACAUGAAUCGACUUUGGACCCUAGGUGAUAUUGUAUCUUUAUGUAAAUCAGAAUCGCCUAAAAUCUUUUAUGCACAAAUUAUUGAGCUAUAUGAAAAUGAUUUUUGUGAAAAACUAGCAUCAAUCUUCUGGUUGGCACCUAAAGCUUACCUUGGAGCCACCGAUGAAUCAAAAAAGCAUCAUGACAAAUUCAUACCUACUGAAUUUGAACAUAGUUCUGUCAUUGAUAGAUUAGUACCGAUACAUUGCUUAACAUUUGUUAUGAAUGUUCCAAACUUAUUUGAUUAUAAAAUACAGAUUAGUGCUAAUAACUUGGUCAAUUCAUACAAAGCACCACAUGCUGAAAGAUAUGCUAAAUCCUCUUCAGAAUCUGAUGAAGACAAAGGAACAGGACCUAAAUGUAAAAUCGCACGGCUACUUAACAAGUGA